AUGGACCCCCUCACGUGGUUGUCCCUGGGGUUGCAGCUAGCUGCACUCUGCUCCAUCGUUGGCGCGUUGCUCCUUUAUUUGCUGCGAAAGGUACGGGUGGCAGAAGUGCUUCCCGUUGACAGUGCUAAAACUGUUCUUGUUACUUCCGUAGACUCUGCUCUUGGACUUCAGAUAGCAACCUACCUAAGCGGUAAAGGAUGGCGGGUUAUAGCCGGCUGUCGUCAGGGUGGACUGGGUGCUCGUUUGGCCGAAUCAUGGCUACACGCUCAUGUGGCUUCCACUCCUGAAGAUCAGCCACCACCAAGACUGGCGACGUUGGAGCUGGAUGUGGCGAGAGAGGAUUUAUUAGAAGAAGCGGCUAGGGCAACAGCACAGCAUUUACCGGCUGGUGAACACGGAGUAUGGGCAGUAAUAAACACGGCGGGGAGCAGCGGGCGUGGUGGUGCUGCUUGCUGGGAGAGCGCGCUACGUAGCAACGUUCUUGGAGCGCUACGCGUCGCCAGGACAUUCUCGCCGAUGCUCGCCGCCGCUGCUUCCGACCACCCUUAUGCUGGACGACUGUUUUAUAUCGGGCUAACAUCAGACACCGCUUGCGAAAGUCUAUCCCGGUCGGAGAACGACACGGGCGAGGGCAGUGCGGGCGCGGCGGCGGUGCGGUGGGGCACGUGGGGCGCGGCGCGCGCGCUGCGGGCGUCGCUCCGCGCGCGCCGCCUGCACGUCGUGUUGCUCCACGCGCCCGACCUCUCCGCUGCCGAGAUAUACGCGCCGCCCGUGCAGCUCACUCUUCCGAGCCAGCCUUCGAGUCGACCAGAGACCCCAAGUUCCGAAGUCAGCUCAUCCACUGCUACUUGCGCAGUCACCAUGCCCGGAGAAGCGGCGGAGUACAGCGCUAAGGUGCUCCCGACCAGUGCAUUAAAGGUCCUGGAGGAAGCCCUAACUAGCCCUUCGCCCCGCGACUCCUAUUACUUGAAGAUAAAACAAGACUCCUGGUUUACGAGGAUGCCCUCUCUAAGAGUUGCUCAUUAAUUAUUAUUGUCUACUUCAUAUUGAAUCAAAUGGAAUUUUCCAAAAUAUCUAUCGAUUCUCUAACUUAUCAAGUCAUUUUUUUUUCAUUUAAAAUUAUACUAAUCAUGUAAAUAGAUACGUUAAUUAGAUUAGUUCUGUAUUGAUUCGAUUUUAUAAAAUUCUUUCAUAGGCAGAUUUUUUUUUAUUUUUAAGAUCAUUAAUAAUUAUAUUAUAUUAUUAAUCCUACUAAUCGAGGGACGCUUUAAUUAUAACUGCCUUUUUUACACGAAACUAUAAUAUUGUUAUUUUUAUCCAAAGAACUUUUUAAAUAUACAAAGUUAUAUCACAAUUAUUAAAGCACUAUUGCACAUUUAUAACAUUAUAUUAUAUCAUUAAUUUCGUUUGCUAUAGGUACUAUACAAUUAAUUUACUAUACUUAAUCUACUUCUAGAUUUUAUCACGACCUGCUUAUCCCUUCGACGACACGGGAUAGUAGAUGAGUUGUGCCAAAUGUUUGGUGCUCACUUAAUUUGAAAAUAUUCAAAAUUACAAAUGGAUUAAACUGUCCGUACCAUGCGACCUUACGAGAGUGAUGAUGUCACAAUACGAGUUUUAUUAUUUUAUUUUAUCGAUUUUUAUAAUUCGCAGUGCCAAUUAUCUACGUUUGGUUUUUAUGGAAAUUACAUUGUCUGUUAAUCCAGUGAAGCCAUUUAAGUCACAUAUGAGUCGGAGUACUAUGAGUAAGGUUUCAUAACUUAGCGUAGAUAGUUUGACAGUGAGUGCGAUUGUAACAGUUGAUAGUGUUAACUAUCAACAUAUUGAACAACGUAGAACACCGAUGUAAAUAUUGUUUAUGUUGUAUUAAAAAAUUCUGAAUAAAAACUUGUUUCAUUUACCUAUAAGCAAUGCCUAAAAAUCUUUAAAAAUAUAUUGUCUACAUACCUAUUUCAAAUAAACUUUAACUUUUA